UACCGUCAUGCUACUCUCCAAUAACACCAGACGGAAUUACAGGAGGUUUCCAAACACACCGACUUCCGGUACAAAGAUGGCGUCCUCCUAGCGUCGUCAGUCUGUUGACUUACAAUUGUGCGGAUACUAUUCAAGUGUUAAAGAACAUUACAAUAACAGAUGAAGAUAACUUCCUAAACAAGAGUUGGCAAAAACAAGACAUGAAUUCUGCUUCAGAAAUACUGAUUGCAGCCCUCUUUCUGUUUGCGUCUAUUCAUGUGUCCAUUUCAGAUGACUUCCAGAUAAGACUAGUGAAUGGCAACUAUGACUGUAGUGGGAGACUGGAGAUUUACAGUGGCUCAAACUGGAAAUCUGUUUGCAGUACAAACCUGAACAUGAACCAUGCAAGAGUAGCUUGCAGACAGCUGUCCUGUGGUGUUCCUGUGUCUAUAGCCACUGAUGCAUAUUUUGGUGUUGGUGAUGGUGAGAAUGUGGCCUUAAACCUUCAUUGCAAUGGGGCUGAAUCUGCUCUUUCCUACUGUUUUCCAUCUGAUUCACAAAUUCGGACAUGUUCUAAGACUGAGGUCACUGCUCUGGACUGCUCAGGUCGUGUAUAUUUGAGGAUUGGAAACCUGGACAGCUGUUCAGGUGUUGUGUUUGUAUCCUCUUCCUAUUUAGCUGGCUACAUUUCAGGAGAAGCAUGGAAUAUUGAUGAUGCUAAUGUUGUAUGCCGACUCACAAGAUGUGGAUCUGCAUUAAGUAUUUCUUCCACUUCCGAACGUGAUCUGCACUAUUAUAGCUUGCUGGAAAAUUUGGGAUGUUUAGGGGCAGAAUAUAAUAUAGAAGACUGUCCUGGCGUAACCAUGGUGAGAGGCACCGACGGUAAUUCAACUAUUGCUCAUGUGAUUUGCUCAAAAGAUAACCUCUCAUUGCGCCUGGUAAAUGGUAGCACAGUUUGCAGUGGAAGACUAGAAGUUUAUAACGGACUCAGCUGGCUAACUGUUUGUGGAAGUAACUGGACCAUGAACCAGGCAAAGGCAGUUUGUGCACAACUAGGCUGUGGAUUUCCAGUUCAAGUAUAUAGUGAUGCUCAUUAUGGACAAGGAUAUGGAGAUAUCUUUCCAAUGGAUGUUUUAUGUUCUGGAAGUGAGCCCUCUCUUAUGGACUGUGAUUUCACUCGGCCACAUCCUUCAGGCUGCACACAUGACCAGGAUGUCAGUAUCAUCUGUUCAGGUUUAAGACUGGUAAAUGGCACAAGCCGUUGCAAUGGCUUGGUGGAAGUGAACGGUGGCUCUCAGUGGGGCUCAGUCUGCAGUACUGAUUGGGACAUGGCAAGUGCUAAUGUGAUCUGCAGACAUCUAAGGUGUGGAAGUGCUCUGUCUGUACAAACACGGAACUUGUAUGGUGAAAGUCAAGGACCUGUUCUGUUGGAUGGAAUACAUUGCAAUGGGUCAGAAAAAUCUCUGUCGCAGUGCUCUGCAAGCCAGUUUGGAAACUACAUCUGUGACAAAUCACAGGUGGCAGCAGUGGAGUGUUCAGGAGAAUAUUUGGGGCCUUUUGAUACAAAAAUUAGACUGGAAGGCAGCUACAGUUCUGGUGGUCUAGUAGAGAUACGGCCUUAUAACCAAAGUACCUGGGGAACAGUUUCUGGAAAGCACUGGGACGUCAAUGAUGCACAGGUAUUAUGCAGGAGUCUGGGAUACGGGUUUGUACUAGCAGCCUAUAACAGCUCAGAAAAUUUAAGACAAACUGGCCCUGUGUGGUUUGAGGCUCAUUGCUAUGGAAAUGAGAGUCAUCUGUCGCAAUGCCCCCUGACACUGCUGGGACCUCCUGAUCUCCAUACCUGUGAUGCAGCUGUAUUAUGUACAGGUUAUUUUUCUUCAAGGAUUGUGAAUGGAACAAGUCCUUCUGCUGGGAAUGUUGAAAUAUCCUAUGACGGUACUUGGAGCGCCAUAUCAACAGAAGGAUGGGAUAUAAAUGAUGCAAAUGUUUUAUGUCGAUCACAAUUCCAUGGGUUUGCUUUGGAUACUGUUACUGACUCCAGCUUUGGUGCCGUUUCUGGUCCCAUGUGGUUUAAAAAUAUCCAGUGUUCGGGAACAGAGUAUAAUCUGAACAGAUGCAGUGGUGAAUUCUUACCGAACAACACUGUUGUUUCUUCAGCUCCAGCUGGAGUGAUUUGUUCUUCAGAUCAACUGAUUGUCAGACUGGUUAACGGAACUGAUCGAUGCAAUGGAAUACUGGAAGUAAAUCGAUUCUCCACUUGGGAACGUGCCUGCAGUAAGAGCUGGAAUUCUGACUUUGCCACUGUACUUUGUCAGGAGCUGUAUUGCGGUAAACUGUCAUCUGUGAAAACCAACAGUAGCAUUGCAGACAGCCAAGGAGGAGUUUGGCUGAAUAAUUUUGAAUGCUUUGGGCAUGAGCAAUCCUUGUCAGAAUGCUCAAGUCAACCAUGGAGUAAUGCUUUCUGUGACUCCUCAUAUCAAAUCCACAUAACAUGUUCAGGUCAAUCAUUUGUGCAUGGGAUAAAAUUUUCAGAUCAGUUUCCCUGUUCAGAAGCAGUACCGUUUUAUUCUUAUACAUUUGAAUAUACGUAUAAAAACGCCCCUGUUGUUGACUGGGAUAUUGAAGAUGCAGAUACCGUGUGCAGACAGAGGAGAUGUGGAUCGGCCACUGUAGCACUAACACAUCGUGAAUAUGGACGUAAAUCUGCCUGGAUAUCAUUCCAGUGUACUGGACACGAAUUCUCCUUAUCUGACUGUCCUGUUUCGGUAGUUGAAUCAAAUGGAAGUCAGUACUGGAAUUAUGCAACUGUGACAUGUUCAGAUCUUGAUCGUAGUUAUGUAUAUAGAGUUACAUAUAUCCCUGCAUUGUGCAUCAGCCUCGCCGUCCUCCUGCUUGUGGUUAUUUUUAUACCAGAAUGGAAAUGCCGACACAGAGGAGAUGGAGCUCCUGGGAAGUAUCAUUCGUUUGGGAAUGAUCCUACAGUGACAUCCUGAUAUUCUAAUCAAUGCUGUCAUUCACACUUUGAUCUGCUUGAUGUUUUCUGUUUAAGAUGUCCUAGAAUUAAAUAAUAUAAUAUCACUUGUAUACAUGUAAGUCAAUCAGCCUUCUCUUUCAGAUUACAUAUAAAGAAUACUGUGCUUGUCUUCCUUGUUCUACUGUACUACAUGCUGACAGUUCAUGUUAUAACAGGGCAUUGUGUGUAUUCAAUGACUGCAUGUGAUGUGAACCGUGUACAUCAUGCUGACAGUUCAUAUUAUAACAGGGCAUUGCGUAUUCAAUGACUGCAUGUGAUGUGAACCGUGUACAUCAUGCUGACAGUUCAUGUUAUAACAGGGCAUUGCGUAUUCAAUGACUGCAUGUGAUGUGAACCGUGUACAUCAUGCUGACAGUUCAUGUUAUAACAGGGCAUUGUGUAUUCAGUGACUGCAUGUGAUGUGAACCGUGUACAUCAUGCUGACAGUUCAUGUUAUAACAGGGCAUUGUGUAUUCAAUGACUGCAUGUGAUGUGAACCGUGUACAUCAUGCUGACAGUUCAUGUUAUAACAGGGCAUUGCGUAUUCAAUGACUGCAUGUGAUGUGAACCGUGUACAUCAUGCUGACAGUUCAUGUUAUAACAGGGCAUUGCGUAUUCAAUGACUGCAUGUGAUGUGAACCGCGUACAUCAUGCUGACAGUUCAUGUUAUAACAGGGCAUUGUGUAUUCAAUGACUGCAUGUGAUGUGAACCGUGUAAUGCUGUCUGUUUAUGGAAUAUGAUGUUUGUCGCAUAAUUACUGCCAGAAUCGAUCAGCAUUAACUACAUGUAAUGCAGUGAGACAUGCCCACAUUUCAGGCCUGUGAAGUGGUUGACAGUUUGACACAUAGGAAGUGUAGCUACUGAAACAGUAAAUUAAGAUGUACACAAACUGCUGUAUUUCACAAUGCAUGUUAUACAGGACUGACUUGGCAUGUAGUUUUAGAUGUUAAACAGAUUCAGCAGCACAUUUUAUGAUGAGUCCUAUAGUUAACUUGAGUUAUCCCUUAUACUGCUGUUGGUGUUGGUUUGGCUAACAGCUUGGGGGACUAAAGAACAUCACUAGGAAACAGUACGGCUGCCAUUAUAGGUCAUCUUCUGAAACCUCUCUUAAACUUGGUAGUUUCAAAUUUGAAAACUACUACUCCUUGAAUGAAAUGACACGGCAGACAAAUUUUUACUGGGCCACAGUGGGUAUUAAUAUUCUUUAUACUUCAAUCCAACAUAGAGGUAAUGUACAGAUGGUGUUAGAAUUACUGGGAGAGGAUCCAAGGUCUAAUCGCAUCUUGCAAAUUAAUACACUUUUGUUUGACAUGACUUCCAGUUUACAGCUCAAAGCAACAAGCAUGGGGGUACAUUGUGCCCUCUCUCCUGAGGACAUCUUUAUAGAUGGUGUAAAGAGGAACUUUGCCUGAUGGCUCUGUUUUCAUGUGAGAGUAUUUUUUCAGUCAUUAUGAAUGACUUGGUAUUUUGUAAGUGCUCUUAAGGAGAAAUACAUUCUUUGAAGAAUUUAACUAUAACAAAUAUAUUCUAAGGUUUACAGUUGAAAUUAACAUACUGUUGCCUAUUUAGAGCUGAAGUCCUGUCAGUAUAUUGUACAGGAAGUAGAGUUUAAGAUACAGUAUAUUACAUUCCAUCAGUCAUCGCAAUUUAAUUAGAUGUCUUGUUAGCCAUAUCGAGCACGAGUUAAUGUCAGUCAGCAAUGAACAAGCUAAAUUGCUUUUAAGAGAAAUAUUUCUGGUAGGAUAUAUACUUCAUAUGUCAAUAUGGUUUUGUAGUUUUGAUUUCAGUAUGAAUAAAUUGCAAAAACAGAGUAUAUAGCCCUGAAUGAGACAAAAUAAUCUUUCUCAAUACACACACACACAAAACAGUGAUUUUUUUAUGACCACUUACUGUGAUAUGAGGAAAUGUGCUGCAGCAGUGUUCUGUUAAUAAAACUGUGACUCUUCCAUCUGAGAAAUACUUCCACAAAGAAUGUUUUCCCUACAAGUGGGGGUACAUUUGGGUGAUAUGCUGACCUCAAGUGUAUUUCCCUCUUGAUGUUGGUAACAAAGGGCACAUUUGCUUCUGCCAAAUGUAAAGCCUGUCCCUGUGUGAAAACUGUGUUUUAAUGUAAGUUUUACUAAAUUAUGUAACAGUCAGUGUUUGGAAUAUAUAAUUGUAGUUUUAUCAUUCGCUGCUGCACCAAAAACUGUAUAUAAAGCACAUGGCAAAAAGUCAAAUCCAAGACUCUUGAACAUAUGUAAGGUGUUAGAAGGGGGACUCGGUGUAAUCCUGUUGUGUACUUGUACGAUUGUGGGAAGGUACAUGCAGGUACCAUUGGAUCUGUUAAGUAUAAACUUUCUGUUCAAUUCAUCUUUAUCCGGAGGAGGAGAUGGUGAGAUUUUGUUGAGUUUAGAAAUGCAAAGUAUAAAAUCCUAUUAAGUUUAAGUCCAGAUGUUGGGUGAUGUAUUUUAUCACAAUAUUUGAUGUUUAUUUUAUAGAUGUAUUUCUCCAGAGUAUAUUUAUGCUAAAGACUUCACUUUUUAUAUUGCCUUUAAGAUGUAAUUAUGUUAAUUAAGUUGUUAAAUUGCAAGUAUUAGCUCUGGAACAGAUGUGCCUCUAUAGCAUUCUUCUAUCAAGCAGUAGCUAAAUGAUUCGUUUUGUGUCACUUUCCUUUUAAAUUGUAAGAUGGGUUUUAUUUUUUUGGAGUGCCCUCUAAAGGCAAAUGCCAUGGUAGCUGAAACAUUUAUUAAUAAAAUAAUUAAAUCAUAAA